AUGGAAAUAUCCGGAUUUGAUCCAGAGGAUCUGACCGUGGAUGUUGGGGACUGGUUCAAAGGAAGCACCAACCUUAAAGGUUACCUGGCAGAAUUUUGUGAAUUCCAUGAGAGCGAGUACAUGGAAAUGCUGCUCCACAUUUCAGUGCGAUGGUUAAGCCUGGAGAGGUGCAUCACACGAAUUCUGCGACAGUAUGGGCCACUUACCAGCUAUUUUAAGUCUUUAAAUGAGAAACAACCAAGAUUUAGAAGGCUGGUGAAUGCAUUUUCCAACCCCCUGACUGAAGUCUACCUACUCUUCUAUCAAGCGACGCUGCCAGUGUUCACCCUACUGAACCUCCUCCUCCAGAGAGAAAGGUCUUCCAUCUUUCAGCUCCACGGAGAGAUGACAAAGUUCAUCAAGAAACUGUGUGCGAGGUUCAUGAAGCCGUCAGCACUACAGGGCCGACAAGUCCAUGACAUCCUCUACAAGGACCCACUAAACCAACUGUCAGGAGAAAAUCUAAAUGUUGGCUUCACCACCAGAGCUACCCUCAAUAGGCUCCUUGAGGCUGGAGACAUCACACCUCAGGAGGUGCAGCUAUUCCAACAGGCAGCACUGGCAUUUCUGGUCAGGGCUGUGGAGUAUGGCAUCAAUAAACUCCCUCUGAAGGAGGCUCUUCUGAGGCAUACAAGAUUUGUGGAUGUGCAGCAGAGGACUGAGUGUGGGGUGGAAGAUGCCCUAUACUUUAUAGACAGAUUUCAGGAACUACUACCUUUCCAUGGGCCGGAGGAACAGGACAAGGUGUGUGAGGAGUUCCUGGAAUAUCAGCUGAUAGAUAUCCCCAUGCCCCAAGAUCCCACCACCUUUAAUGUUGAGGAGUUUUGGGGGAGUAUGUCCUCAAUCAAGUGCAAGGUGACCGGUUUGAGCCAGUUUGGGAGGCUCACUAAAAUAGCUCAACUUGUUCUAGUGCUCCCUCACUCUAAUGCCGACGCGGAGAGGGUUUUCUCGAUGGUUGGACUGAACAAGACAAAAACUAGGAAAAGCUUGGCCCUAGAUGGAACACUGUCCUCCAUCAUGACAGUGAAGAUGGCAGGCCUGGAACCAAACUGUUUCAGAUGGGAGCCACCAACCCCAGUGCUGAAGGCCUCAAAAACUGCCACCAACACCUACAACAAAAAACACUGACACACACACACACACACACACACACACACACACACACACAC